CGGUGCACGCGCCACUCUGUCCGGCCGCCACUUCCGGUUCGCGAUGGCGCAGCUCGGCCUGGUCCGCUUGAAGGCGCCGAGUAAAGAGCCGCGGGAGAGGGAGCCCGGCCCUGCCACCGGUCCCAGCAUCAGCCCCGGGCCCGCCGCCAAGCGCCGCAAAACACAGCACCACGGCCUCAGCCUCCGGCCUCCUGCCAGCUCGGCCUCGGUGCUCCGUUACCCGGCCUCCCCCGCUGGCCUCUACUCGGUGCGGCCUCCUCCCACUCCCACUCCUCCUCCUCCUCCUCCCCCCUCUGCUGCUCCCGCAGCCUCCGGCGCGGCUGUCCCCGGGCCCGCCGCCUGUCCCUCCUCCGCCGCCACAGGCCUCCCCGCUCCCGUCCUCCCCAAGACCAAGGGCCCGAAGGAGAAGCACCCACGCCGGGACAAGGAGAAGAAGCACAGGCCGCGGAAGGAGAACAGCGACUGCCGGCCGCCGCCUCCCCCGCCCCCACAGGCCAAAGGUGGCUCUGAUGAAAAUGGGAAAAGCCGGAGACUGGAUGAGUACCUGGGCAAAAAAACAAAGAAAAAGAAGAAAAAGAAACAUCGGGAAGGUGAGCGACCGAGACGGCUAAAAAUGUACAACAAAGAGGUUCAGACGACCUGUGCAGGAAUCACUCACAUUGACCUGGACACUUUGGGACACGGUUCCUUUGAUGAAUCGAGGGUAAUCAACAAAUCCUCUGUUGAACAUAAUGAACAACUUGACAGGUUGGAUAUGAAAAUGAGCCAUUGUGCCAUCCCCUCAGGUGCACAGUUACCGUACUUAUCUCACAGAGACCACUGUGUACGGAAGGGACUCUUACGGACAGGUUCCUCUAAGUUUGCCCAUUUCAUUCACGUGGAGCAUCAACCAAAUGGUGGUGCACCAGUGCUCCAUGCCUACAUGGAUGAACUCUCUUUCUUGUCUCCUAUGGAGAUGGAGAGGUUUGCUGAAGAAUUUCUUGCUUUGACUUUCAGUGAAAAUGAAAAGAGUGCAGCUCACUAUGUAAUGGCUAUUGUACAUGGAGCCGCAGCUUACCUGCCAGACUUUCUAGAUUACUUUGCUUUCAACUUCCCCAAUACUCCAGUGAAAAUGGAAAUCUUGGGGAAGAAGGAUAUAGAAACUACAACCAUCUCGAACUUUCGUGCUCAGGUUUCACGGACUUACUGUUGUGGCACAUACAGAGCGGGUCCAAUGAGACAGAUCAGCUUGGUGGGAGCAGUGGAUGAAGAGGUUGGAGAUUACUUCCCUGAAUUUCUGGACAUGUUGGAAGAUUCUCCAUUUUUGAAAAUGACACUGCCAUGGGGCACCCUGUCCAGCCUUCAACUACACUGCCGGUCGCAGAGUGAUGAUGGCCCAAUAAUGUGGGUAAGGCCUGGUGAGCAGAUGAUCCCGACUGCAGACAUGCCCAAGUCCCCUUUUAAGAGACGACGGUCAAUGAAUGAAAUCAAGAAUCUCCAGUAUCUACCUCGGGCCAGCGAGCCUCGUGAAAUACUCUUUGAAGAUAGAACACGAGCUCACGCAGAUCACGUGGGCCAAGGCUUCGAUUGGAAGAGCACAGCAGCUGUAGGUGUGCUCAAGGCAGUCCAGUACGGAGAAUGGAGUGACCAGCUUCGAGUAACCAAAGACGUGAUCUGUUUUCAUGCAGAGGAUUUCACAGAUGUUGUACAGAGAUUACAGUUGGAUCUACAUGAGCCCCCAGUGUCCCAGUGUGUGCAAUGGGUGGAUGAAGCAAAACUCAACCAAUUAAGGCGAGAAGGCAUCCGGUACUCGAGGAUCCAACUCUCGGACAACGACAUAUACUUUAUUCCUCGAAAUGUCAUACAUCAGUUUAAAACUGUGUCUGCCGUUUGCAGCUUAGCCUGGCACAUACGCCUGAAGAGAUACCAGCAGGAAGAAGCGGAACCAAACAAUGACUCUGAAAUCACUUCUGAAGAGAUUAAGACAGAGACCGAUGUAAGCUGUUCAGAUGACACAGAAAUAAAACCUGAAAUCCAGGCCCAGUUGCCAGUAAUACAGGAAGAUCACAGUCAUCACACCCAGGAUCAGCAAGGUUUUCCACAAUGACGUGUGUACAUAUUUGACUUUUUAAAUAAAUAUUUUUUUCUUUCUUUUUAAACAGGGAUGUGAAGUUUUAGUUUUAUAAGUUGGCCGGGAUUCAAAUUUUGGUGAAGAAAUCGUGCCGUUCUUUAAAGUGUGCUGCUUGAAUUGCAGUGACAUUUCAAAGCACUUGGCAAGUGACCGCUGGCCCUGUUUACACAGAUGUUUGACCUGCUCAUGGAUAGGAAUUGGACCUACUUAAUCUCAGCCUUUAGAUAAGAUGCUGAAAAAAUUAAAUAAUAGUAGUGCUGAUCUUGCAGUCGGUCACAGAGAAACAGAUGCAAAAAAUCACAGGAUUAUGACCAGCAUUACAAAUCACCAACCUAACAAAAGGAGCCUGAACCUUUAAUUACUGCGUUAAUUGCUUAAAAUGAAGAGAGCCAUGCUUUUUUCUGUCAUUUCACAUUCUAGUUGCUUUUAGUUGAAACUAGAAAAUUUGCUUACUGGCAAAAUAGAUUCUUUAGAGACCUUGGAAUACACUCACUAAGGUACUAUUUACUCUCCAGAAAUUAAACUUGCCAUUCUCACUCUGUCUGGGUUAAUAUCUGUGAAUCCAGUCAUUCCAGAUCAAUGUGGUUAAUUCACAACUACCUGCUCAAUUGGCUCAGUUGUGCACAGCUCGGGCAGACAGUGAAUGUGGCUUGCCAGUGCCUUCCACAUUCUGAGAAUAAAUAAAAUUUAGAAAUCCAAAAACGGCAAAAUACUGGAUGCUGUGGCUAGAAGGUUUUUGUCAUGUAAUUAUCGUCUUGGAUAUGGUUCAACAAAGCACACUUCUCAUUGGAUUAUAAAACAUGGUGAACUAACAGCACUGAAAGCAGGUGACUCACUUCACCUGUUCUCUAUUGCCUAUUAUUGCACACGUGAGACGCUUCCCACUUUUAAUUACCUCUUCCUGUCUUUUUCCCCAAAUACCUUCUCUGGCUUUCUGCCUCCACCCUGCAUCAAACCCAUCCAUAAAUGUCAGUGCUGCCUGCCACAUGGAAUGGUUGAAGUAUAGUGUUUCCACAUCCUGUCGCUCUGAAGAAACUCCUCUUUCAUUGUGUGCUAUGUCGUCAAUGAUUAUCUUUUAUUUGUGUCCUCUUCCUUUUGGACUGUCUUAUGAGUGGAAACAAUCCACCUGUGUCACCCUGUCAGACCCCUUCAUAAUCUCAAGGCACUUAUCAGGCUCUCCAGGCAAAGGACACCCUAAGCCUGCUUGAUCUUUCCUGAAUGUCACCGCAUCCCUUUUUUUUGAGGGUUAGGCUUUCACAGAGCCGCAAUGCAGGAUGAUAGACAGAAAAAGACCAAUUUCUCCAUCUGUCAGAUACAGGCCAGGUGCCCUGACCAUCCACAAAUAUCAACACAGUCUAGCUGGAGCAGGAACAGAUUUAAAAACAAGAGCCAGGUGGUCAUUUUAGGGUGGGAUAUAAUGGAACAUACACCCAUUUAAGAAAAAAACCAGAGGAGGAGAACACAUUUUCUGCUGUUUAUAAAACAUCUUAUUUUGCGUAUCUUAGUCUGCUGUGAUCUCUGCUCUAACCUGGAGCUGGCCCAGUAUGGAGUGAAUCUGCAAUUAACACCUGAAUUGGCAGCUUGUCAUUAUCCUCGGGAAAUCAAACACUUGCUCCAUAUAAUCCAGCACUUCUAAAUCUUAUAAUGCAUCACAGCACCCUUUCUUGUUUCACCAUACCUCCCCAGUCCUUCUGCAGCUAAGGUAGUGUCCACCCAUUAUUCUUGAAAUAUCUCAGUCCAAUCCCUCCCAGAGUCUCAGCUUUUCUUAAAUAAAUUAGCCCAGAAUUUCAUAUUUGUAUAAGUAGUAAAGAUGAGUUCAAAGGCGUAGGUGUAUGGUGUGUAUGCAUUGGAACUGAUGGCAAAUGAUAAAGGUGGCUGAGUAGCUUCUGUUUAUGUUUAAGACCAGCCAAGUGCAUGUGGAAGUAUUGUGUAUGUGUAUUUGAUUAACUAAGGAAUGGGCAAUAAGCGUUAGCCUAGCUAGUGAUACCCACAUCCUGUGAAUGAUUUAAAAACAAAAAUACUUUUAACCACAGCCACAGUCCAGGUCAGUAUUGGCCUUAUACUGUGGUGCCAUCUACUGCUGAGCUUUGUAUUGUUAAGCUGGCAUUGUUGAUCUAUUCUGAGUUCUUUUCACCUCUGCAGUAUAAGGAGCUAAUAUCAGAUGCAGUCCAUCACUAAGACUCUUGUCUCCCAGUCCUUACACAUGUGAAAUGAAUCAUUUGAUUUUCUGCCAGGAUUCUACAGUAAAAUUGGCUGCCAAGGAGAAAAGGUGCAGAUUUGGCACUUUUUCUCGCCCUCUGUUUACGCAUGCCGAUUAUGACUGAAUAUGACCUUAGUAAUGCUUAACCUUCUGCAAAUUUGCUCCUUCUCAUCCACUCAAUACUUAGGGUCUCCUUAAAAUCCAACAGCUAAAGGAAAAGCAUGUUUAAAACUCUGAUCGGGGACUUGAAGGGUGGAAAAUCUAAGAAGAGCAAAAUGGUCUCUAUCUUGUUUGCUGUCAUGUAAGGAUCAUGCUAUUGUUUUGAAACUUGUGAAAAUCUGGAACUUGGAGAAAACUGCUGACUACAGUUAAUCAAACCCAUGUUCAGUAAGUGUAUUAUCUGAUGAGCACACGCUCUCACCACCAGCCACCACUCAGUCUCUGCCUCUGUCCCUGUUCUGAAUUAUUGCUCAUCAGUGCUGUUUUGAUCAGUGUUUCUUCAAACUUUACAGUCUAUAAAUACGACGUGUGCUAUGCUGUUUUUCACCUCCCUGUAUCGUGUGUGGAAACAGAGAUUGAGUUCACCAUGUGUAGAAUCGGGAUCUUUCAGAGGUGAUGUCCAGGGUACUACUUCACACAAGGUGCAGUAGAAAUCUAGAAUGCUUCCCCUUUUUUAUGAUGUAUUACGGGUUAUAGCACCAAGAAGGAGAAUUGGAGUAAAGAUUCAGAUUGGCUAUGAUCUAAUGAAAUGGAUGAACAGUCUCAAGGAAGCUGAAUGGCCUUCUCCCAAUGUUAUCUCCUACUCCAAAUCACACCUUAGCAGGGCUUCAGAGCAUAGGAAUUGCAAUCAAAGAAAACUAGCUUGCAUCCUGAUUGUUGCUUGUUACAAUGAUAAUGGAGUUUUUAACUAACCAGAGUGGCAAUGGUCAAUCUCCAUCAAUUAAUCUACAACAGAGCCAAAUAAACCAGGAAAGCCCCAGGUGCUGGAAAGUUUGGGGAAUGAUAGAGCUGACUAUUGCUUUUUUAAAAAAUCUUGUCUUCUCUCCAUCUUAGCCCAAACUUGCCCGCAUUGAACAAUGGCCUUUCCUUCUUGAUACCUUAAAUCACAAAUUGCAGAAUAACUGAGGCUCGAGUCAGUCACUGUUGUGAGUGGUGGGGAAGCACAUUAUAAAUAUUAUUUCAUACCUACCACUGCUAAAUUUCUAACAUUUUUGAUACUUUUGUAUUUAUUGUGAAACAAAUAACUUGAGCUUAUUUGAAACUGGCAAUGAAAGCACAUGGCCGGUGUGUUUGGGGAGGUGCUCCUUAUUUUUAACCACAGAGAUCUGGUUCUUUCUCCAUUGUUGGAUUCUCGCUAAUUCAAUCCUGCGCUCACUGCAAACGAUUCGUUUCCCCGUGAGCUGACCAAUUCAAAACUAGAAGAUUUUUUAUUUUAAAAUAUCCAAUUUAACCUCCACUGAAAAUUCUAUGGGUCUCAAUGAGUUUAAAUUAGGGAAAACUAUUCUACCAACUGGAAGGUCAAGAACCAGAAUUAUAGAUGUAAGGUAAUUGACAAUGAGGCCAAAGGGAAGCUGGGGAAAAAGUGACAUUAUUUCAAAAUAACAAGUUGUUGUGAUACAGAAUGCACAAUCAGAGCACGUGGUGGAAGCAAAUUUUGUAAAGAGUUGGAUAAAUACUAAUUGAGGAAUAAUUUCUGGCUGUGGAUAGAUUUUGUUGUGCCAUUAGAAAAAUGGGGAAAGAGGGGAAAAAUAGAAUAGCGGUGGCAGAUCCUAGUGAAUGAUGCAGAAGCCUCCAGGAACCACAUGACCUGCUCAUCUUGUUUGUGCGGUAGGGGGAUAAGAGAGUUGAUUCAGGAUGAUGGGAUGAAUGGCCUUUUUGCUGAUCAUUCCAUUAUAAUUACAAUUUCUACUUUACUGUACUUUGCUUCAAAAGUACUUAAUUUAUUAAGUACUUAGAGACAUCUGGUGGCAGCGGAAGGUGCUUUAAUACAAGUCUGUUCCAAUUUGUUUACAAGAUUGUCUUUUCAACCCUAUCUUCACUUCUCUUCUUGGUUCCCUUGUCUUUGUGUAGCAUCAGGAGAAUUAGGUUCCAGGAAGGAUUGGGCUGCAAUCAUGUGCUGUCCUAAAAUGGUAAAUAGGCAGGGAAGUAUGAUCUGCUUGAUUUGAAUCAAGUCUGAAACAGCACUUCCCAGUAAAUUCUAUGUCCUCAAAGUUGCAUUACAGCUUGUGGGAGAAAGUGUAACAGGUGUAGUCUGCAAUCUUCACACUGACAUGGCAAUGUUCAGCUGUUAAACUCCACCUUUGUGGGAAGUUUGUGUAAUUUUUAGGCUAUAUUAUGGGAAGCAGUUCCAUAAAUUUAGGCUUGUAUUCCCUUGAGUUUAGAAAGUUAAGCAUGACUUAAUUGAGACACUUUAAAAUAAUAAAACCAUUCGGUUGGGUAGAUACAUAAAAUUAUUUCCUCUCUGGAACAAUUUCAGAAUAAAAGGGAUUUGAUCUUAAUCAGAGAUUAACCAAUCGAAGAGUGAAAUCAAGAAAUCUCUCUUUCAGAGAGUGAAAAUGUGAAGCUCUGUUCCCCCACAGUGAGCUGUGGAGGUUAAAACUAAGAUCAAUUGAUAUUUAUUGGGCUAGAAUAUUAAGGUGUUUGGACAAAAGGUGGGUAACUGGAAUUGAGCUGAAGUUGUUUUCAUUGAAUAGCAGAAUAAAUCAAGACUGAAUGGCCUGUUGUUUUAUUGAUCUGUUUGACAGUGGUUUUUAUAUAGAUGGGGAGAUAUUUGAAGGUUGGGAGCACAUACUUCCAUUGUUCAGUGGGCAUGAAAAGGAAACCUUGCAACUUGUAUAAAAGGAUUCGAGUAUAAUUUGCAAUUUAAUAAUAUUUCACAGCCUUAAUGCAUCCUAAAUGCUUAAUACUGAUUAAACACACUUGAAAUGUAGUUUCUCUUAUGCUGUGGAGUAGGAUAAUAAAAAUGCUGCUGCCAGUAACUUGUAGGUGGAAGACUUUCCAGGUCUGUCUUGCUGUCAAACCUGAUGUCAAAAUAAUUGGAUUAACUCAUCACGAGACAGCAUCAUUUACCCCACUUGGCUCAUUCACAUCGAUUCAACAUUUGUGCCCAACAGUGUCUCAUACUACCUUAUAUUCUAUAAGUUUCAUCAGCUUUCCAAGCACGGUUUUGGUGCGGGGAGUUUUACUCAGACUGGCUAAAUAGACCAGUUUUUAGUGAAUAAUUUUCAAUGCUUGGCAUGCAGCUACCUGCAUACAUCCUACACUUGGGGAAACCCAAUGGUAUUAUUGUGACAUAUACGCACUUCAAGUAAUUCUUUUCUUAACUCCAGUCACAGUAUCUGGUUGCUCAUUUCAUGUCACCCAUUUGGACCUUAGGAACAGAAUUAACCAAGUUAGUCCCUCAACUUUAUUCUGCCAAAAUGACAAAGGUUCAUCUAAUGCAGGGUCCAUUAUACACCUUUUGCCAUUGAUAAUUUGGGCUUUGUAUUUGCUUUGGUUACUAAUUGAAUCACUAUAAUAUAUAUGAACAGAAGUCAGUCAUUCAGCCUGUAAAUUUAACCAUUUUCCAAAUCCUAAAUCAUUGAAACUGGGUGGCUGAUCCUCAGGAAAAUCUUUUUGUCCCAGUGUUGCUCUUCCAACAAGUCUAUCACUUGCUUCCUCCAUCCAAUGCCUCACCUAAUCUCAUUUGCUGAAUCUGUGACAGUUACAGUAAAGACAUAAACAAACUUAGCAGAUGGCGGACUGAUUUUUGAAUCUGUAGAACUUAAUGGUCAAACAAUUUAAUCUGUGUAAACGGCUCCUAAGCAAUGAGCACUUGCCAACAUGAUGGACAACUUUCUACUGAAGAAAAAUUAAAUCAUCCAGACAUAUAGGGAAGUAGGAAUUCCACAAACUUGUUCUCCACUUUUUAUUGAGAGGAGCUAUAUACAGUGUCUUGUCCCGAAUAUGAUUUUUAAAGGUAAAACUUGGUCGUUCAAAGUAAAAAUUGCUUCCCAGGCACUUGUAUUUUCUAAUCACUUUACUGUAUUUGUAAUUUUUUAUCCAUUUAUAUUUGUAAGUUGUUUUAAAACAAAGUAUGGCUCCUUUAAGAUAUUGUGAUAUCGUAGCUUGCAGGAGAAUUCCUUCAGGUUUAUCUUAAUUUACCAAUAGUCAUCAUUAUUGAAAUGCCUCGAUGUAUCUAGCAGUAAUUUAUGAAGACAUCUACUUUAUUUUUGAACAUUUCUAUCAGUGUAGCAGAGUUAAUGCCCUCAGGGGUGUUGUAUUUUUGUAUUUGUGUUGAGUAUAUUUACAUUAAUGUAAACUUUUCAUCCAGUCUGCAUGCAUUAUUGACAUCAUUGGCUUAUAAAUCUUCAGAACUGUGACACGCUGUUGCACUGCAAGUUUGUCAGUUUUUGGGGGUGGGGCUGAGGGUCAAUGCAAUGUCAAGCUGCAGGUGUGUAUGUCUAUUCUUGGGGUCAUUACAUUGUCAUAUUUUGCAUACAUCUUCCAUUGUCUGGAUCCAAGAGUGAAUGUCUUACUAUCUGUGAGGUUCUCUAUUUCCGUGGUAGAAUGGGGGAGGUAGAUACUUAUGGAUCAUCAGUCCAUUAUGUCUCACUCAAUAACUUCAAUCCACUGCCAUCCAUAAUAAGGCCCUUCCUUCAGUCCCAAAUGUGGAACGUUUAGCUUUGUAAGUGUACUGAGAGAAUAUUAACUCACCGACAAGUGAUGGAAGACUCACUUGAAGUUGGCCAGAUUCUGUUUGACAACUUGUUGAAAGGGACUUUGAGAAUAUCACUGGAUAUCGUUGGAGAUUUGGAUGAGGGAUCCACCAAUGUGUUUCAUUGAGUGAGUUGCAGAAACACUAAGCUCAUAUGUGUGAUGUGGAUAUAAUGCUGGUCUGAAUUAGGCCAGUGGGAGUGAUUGUCCAACUGGCUUCAGAACCGAUGGAGCAGUUUGGGGAAUAAAUCUCUCGACUCCUGGUUAUCCAGUAUCAUCCAGUGGAAAGUGUACUCUCCACCUUCAACUAAGAGUCUCACAGAAACAUUGGCGCCUUGCUGUGAUCCACCAGAAAUUGGGCAAGUGUUAAACAAACAAGUCCAUUUCCUCAGAAUAGAUAAGCCACCCCACUUCUUUCAGUGGAGAUGCAUCUUCAUGAUCCCUGGGAUUGCACAUACUGUGCCCCCAACCGAAAAAAAAAAAGCUACCAAUCACCCCACCCUGUCCCCCACACCCAACACCUACACAAAUCAAAAUUAAAAGAGCAUUCAUGCUCUAUGUGUGCUCAUUUACCUUAGAACGGGCACCUGAUUCUUGUUACCUAACUUUGUGAACGGGCAAGCACUUGUACUGUCUUUGCAAAGUACUGUUCAGCGCAUGCGUAUACACACACGACUCUGUGCAAAGCCAGUGGUACACUGAGAAAAUAUAUUCAUGAGAAGCUUACCUGCAAUUAUGAUUUCCAGAAAAGCAUAUGCUUGGGAAGUAAGCUUUGCUUUGCUUGGCCUUAGUUCUAUUGCGAACCCUAUAAAUCCUUGUCUCAGUGAAGGGUGUAAUAACUUUUUGACGACGCGGAGUGUGAGCAGAUGGUACAUUUUAAAAUAAAUAAACCUCUAUGUGAUAUUAACCCUUUGCUCAGUGAAUUUCUUUAGCUCACUAUAUGAAGCAUGUUUUAACCUUUUGAAAUGUUGCUUUGUAAGAUUUUAAAUUUGAGCGCGCAGAUGAAAUACAUAGAACAUUUCUUUGAAGUAUUUUUUUAAAUAAACUGAAAAAGUGCUGAA